ACAAUAGUUUACCCUUUGAAUCAAAACACACUUUGCAAAAUAAUACAACUUUACUCACAAAAGAAAUUACAUAUAUUCCACAACAAUAAUAAUACUCUUAAAAAACCAGCAAAGCAUCCGAGAUGAAUGUACAAAAUUUGCAUAUUUUUUUAUGGAGUGCAAUACAUUUAUCUUUGGUGCCAGAGAUAUUUACCGUGCCCUCAUUGCGCACCACUCAUGCCCCUAAAAAGGACUACAAUUACUUUAUGCAACUGCUAGGAACAUCGAUGGAGCAUGUUCAGGCCCAAACCGAGAAUUUACCUAAUGAAAUAACUUUUAAAGCCACUCCCAAGUUGUGGAUGGAGACAAAAAGAGAAACCACAACCUCAAUGAAAACAAUGGGCAAUUCCAUGAAAAUUACAACCGCUAAUCCUAUCACAUGGGGUCGAUCCGUUAAUAAGAGUAGCACAACGGUGGCAACGCUCAAAAUGGCAAAGCUAAGCAAAGAUCAAUACGGCAAAUGGAUAUAUAAUCCGUGGAGCGUAGCACACGGCAAUCAACUGAAGGAGGGUGCAGUCACCAAAAGUUCGCGAAAACAGGAGCGUGUUAAAGUUGCCGAAAAUCCGAACAAAAUGUACAAUCCUGAAGCGCAUUUGGCCAACGUUUGCACAGGCACCACAAUACCGUAUGGAAAGCACAAGAUGGUGUCCUGGUUAGAUCGACAUAUCUAUAAGCAUAAGCAUAAGAAACGUGUAUUUUACAUGGAUCUGCGUCGCGAUGUGUACACAAAAAGCAAUUCGGAGGUGUGCCAUAACAAAACCAUGACAGAUUGGAUAGAAUAUCAGGAGUGCUCGAUACGUCGCAAUCAGCGAUUAGAGUCCUUCGUACCAAAGUAUCCAUUGGAUCAGCGCGUCAGGGAGAUUGCUUCAAAUAAAAACUAAUCAAAUCGAA